CCACCCGUUACAUUGAUAUCUUGGCGCUUGAUAGGCUUCCGUGAACGUUCGCACGACAGGGCAUAUCGCACCAAGCCUUUUGCCAGCUGGUCAACGCUGCCGCUGCCCUGGUUCAUUGCCUCGUCCAUGUCGACAUCCUCGUCUUCUUCGGGUGUAUCAUCUCGUCUGCGCCGUUGGGUUUGUGUGGGGGUCGGGGUCGCUUCUUCCGCUCGUCUUGGUCUAUGUGGAGGCAUGUUGUGUCGUCUAGAAGCCGCAAAGGCGGGGUGUCGAGCGUUGACCUAUUUGCAAGGUGGGCUGUAGAUUUACUCUACCGGCGACGACAUCAUCGAGCCCUGGUCCAAGCUGCUCCACUCUCUCUCACCACAUCACCCGGUCAAUGCAGCCACCAUGAACUCGAUAAGACACGCCGCUCGGCGGCCAGUAUUCCGCUGCCUCAACACGCCUGCGCCCCUCCGCUCCAACCCCCAAUUUCGCCAAAACACGCGCUCCAGUAGGGCAGAUCUUGAAGCCAUACUCAAGCAAGGCGCCCGCCCCAAGGUUCCUCGCCCAGAUGAGGACUUCGUCUCGGUACAUCGCGCAGAGGCGAUGCGUCGUGCUCAAUUGAUAAAAAAGCGGAACUGGCUCGCUCUGGGUGCUGCACUGUCCAUGAUUGCACCCAUCUUCCUCGUCAGGUUAUGGGACGUACCGCCGCUAGAAGAGAAAGGUGAAGAGCCACGCCGGGGCAUCGUAGAAAGGAUCAUGGGCCCACCCAUCCAGAACGACGCACCGCGCAAGGCGGCAGAAGAGUUCCAAGGAAAGAAGGUGGUCAUCGCGGCAGGCGACAAAGUCAUCGCAACACCAGGCGGCACCGACAACCCGCAAGCCUCAGAUCCCGACGCCAUCGAGCUCGUCGAAACAGGCACAUCCUACGUCCCCUACUUCCCACGCACCAUCCGUCUCCCUACAGACACCUCAGGUCCUGAAGCCAUCACUACCGACGCCGAAUACACACUCCUCGGUCUCGGCAUCCGGAAAGUCUCCUUCCUCCGUGUCCAAGUCUACGUUGUGGGCCUCUACGUCAAAACCGCCGACCUCUCUACCCUCCAAAACCACCUCAUCAACACCGUAAACCCCACCGCCUCUGCCCUGAUCCCUAAUGAGAAAAAGGACCUCCGCGAGUCCCUGCUCGACCCCGAAAAGAGCAACAAGAUCUGGGAGUCCAUCUUGGCCAAGAACGGCAUGGAUGGUGUUGACAUGGCAUUCCGAGUUGUACCCUGCCGCGGCACAGACUUCAAGCAUCUGCAAGAUGGCUGGAUGCGCGGAAUUGCGUCGCGCACGGAUGAAGUGAGGAGGAAACAGGCUGAGUUGAUCAGACAGCAGGCUGCCGAGAACAAAUCCAUUUCUUUGCCUAAGCCGGUUGAGGAGGGCGAGUUCCAGGAUGAGUCUUUUGGCCUGGCGAUGAAGGAGUUCAGGAACCUCUUCCAGGGAAAGGGCAAAGCGCCCAAGGGUAGUGUCAUUAUCCUGACACGGAAUAAGAACGGGCAUCUAGGUGCGCUGUACCAACCUAUUGUGAAGGCAGCGAAUAGCAAGCAGGAGGUCAUGGGCAAGAGCAGUUGGUUGGGCGAGGUUAGAGAUGAGAGGGUUGGCAGGCUGGUCUGGCUAUUGUAUCUGGGUGGCCAGAAUGUUAGCAGUGAGCCAGCAAGGCAGAGCAUCGUGGAUGGAUGUAUCGAUAUUGUGGAGAGGCCUGUGGGCACACUGGAGACUAUGGUUCACUAAAAUGGCUGUAGAUAGGUCGCCAUGUACAAUACGGAACGAAGACUUGAUGCGUGUCACUCGUGACUCACACGGCGGAUAUCGCCAUCUCAUGUUCGGCGGGAGUGUAUAUAAAUUUCGCGAAGCUCACCUA